GGGGACAGGGCCACCCUAAAACCGCGUCCCCGCCGCUGUCCCCGCCGUGUCACCGCCACCAUGUCCCCGAGGGCCACCCGCCGCCUCCUCCUCGUGGCCGGGCUCGUGGCGGCGCUGGGAGUGUCGCCGGUGUCCCCAAUCCACGUGUACACGCAGCGCGAGGUCUAUGGCACCGUGGGCUCCAGUGUCACCCUGUCCUGCAGCUUCUGGUCCAGCGAGUGGAUCUCGGAGGACAUUUCCAUCACCUGGCACUUCCAGGCCGAGGGCUCCCGUGACAGCAUCUCCAUCUUCCACUUCGCCAAGGGCCAGCCCUACAUCGACGACGUGGGGACCUUCAAGGAGCGCAUGGAGUGGGCAGGGAACCCGCGGCGCCGCGACGGCUCCAUCGUCAUCCACGGCCUGGAGCCGAGCGACAACGGCACCUUCACGUGCGACGUCAAGAACCCGCCCGACAUCGUGGGCAAGUCCUCGCAGGUGACGCUCUACGUGCUGGAGAAAGUGCCACCCCGUUACGGUGUCGUGCUGGGCUCCGUUAUCGGCGGGGCGCUGCUCUUGGUGGCCGCGCUGGUGGCCCUGGCCUACGGCAGCCGCUACUGCUGGCGGCGGCGCCAGGCGGCUCUGCAGCGGCGGCUGAGCGCCAUGGAGAAGGGGAAGCUGCAGCGCUCGGGCAAGGACGGCUCCAAGCGCAGCCGGCAGGCCCCCGUGCUCUACGCCAUGCUGGACCACGGCCGCAGCGCCAAGAAAGCCAAGGGAGGCGCGGGCGACUCGCGCAAGGAUAGGAAAUAGCGGUUAGCGGGCAGGGAGGGACCCCCGGGGGCGGCCGGGGCCGCGGGGGACCCCCGGCCCCCCAAAGUCAUCAUGACCAUCGAGAUGGAGCUGCGGGGGGAGCCCCAGGCCGCGGCCCCGCCCGCCGCCCGCUCCCCGAGCCGGGGCAGCCUCAAGAACGCCCUGCUGAGCAUCAUCAAACCCAACUCGGGGGGCUCCUGAUGGACCCCCCCGGCCCCGGCCGCGGCCCCUCCGGGCUCGGGACCCGGCGAGGAGCGGGGUGUGGUCCUCGCCUCGGGUCCCCCGGCCUUGGGGACAGCGCUGGGGACAAGCGCGGGUCCCCCCCUCGGUCGCUCCCUGCCCAGCCCCGGGUGGGAUUUGUCCCCUGGAACGCGAACCCGGCGGGUUUGGGGUCGGUUCCCCCCUCCCCGCCGCGUGUCCCCUCCCCGAACUCGGGGGGGUUUCUCUGUGCCCCCCAAUUUCGCUCCUUUUCUGGCCGUUUUCUCGUCUCUCCCCGCGACCGACCCCAAAUGACGUCGCGGGGUGGCCCCCGCCCCUUUGUCCCCUUUGUCCCCUUUGUCCCCUCCUGUCCCCCCAUUAACCCCCGCGCCCCGU